AUGUCCUCUAAACCUGCUGCCGGAGUAAAACGCCGGGCUGCGUGGGACGAGCCGCGCAGGCUCCCCCCGAAAAUGCGAGUCCUCGAGUCUCAAGUCGCUGUUAAUCAGCUCGCAAUGUCUCAACCCUCUUCUCCCAAGACUGCUUCCAUCAUCAUGCCUCCCACUCCCGGCCCAUCACCCUCGCAACCGACUUCUUGGGACUGUACUAACGAGAGCGCGGGAGACCCAAGUGAUGCUUACCUUCGGAGGGCGCUCUCUAAAUGGACCCAAGAGGAGGCUGUUGAGCUCCUGAUGUCUCUUGCAAGGAGAGACAUGCGGGUGAGGUUAGCGAUCGAAAACGAGAACCGCAGGAUGGCCAAGACUCGGAAACAAAGUCAGGAUAAAGCUCGGGCUUUGAACUUUGACGAUAUUCUUAUGCGUGUGGAACAAGACCUGUACGAGGAAAAGCCCCGAUCCUGGAGCUAUGAGAGAGCGUUGGAUGAAGCCAUGGACGUCGCAACCCGCAUCACACUCAUCUUCCACCGGUUUUCGGAAUACCUCUCAACAGACGACCCCUCGGACGUCAAGUGUGGUAUCAUGGUGACGGUGGCGACCGUCUGGGAUCUCGUGAUAUUUGCACCGUCCUCCGAGGCACGCAAGCAAUGUCUCGCGUCGAGUUUGGAGUGGGAGGCAGCUACGCUGAGUCUAUGGAAACGGAUGAGCGAGCUGGAGAAGAAAUCGUUCGCUUCACAUGCUGGAGUGGUGGCAACUCUUAUCAAGACGGCAACAGAAUGGGAGAAACAUGGCAAAAGAGAGGAAAUGUUCAACCGCUGGUUGCGAAAAAUGAAGAAGGCAUCGGAUGGAACGCUGAGCACCGAGUACGCGGAAUGGGAUGCACGAACACGACCCUCGAAACCCCAGAAUCAACUAGUCGACUUCGGACCAAGUUCACCUCCUCUUGCGAACUUAACCUUGGAGUAG